UGCUGCUUUGUGAAAUCCUCAACGUUCAGCCUCUGGUCCACAAAACAGCUGGUCGAUUAUUAAACAUAAGACAUGUUUCUUAGUCAGAAAGGGCCUUCUGAUGACGAUAGGACCGUUUUUUAGUCUUUCGUCAUCGCGUUUCUGAGACUGACAUUGCGCUCCUAAUCGAAGUGCGUGCGACACUGCGAGAGUGACAUCGGUGCAUCUCUGACUGCGCGAGCCUAGAGUUGAACAAACACGUUAGAAUGUUAGAGGGCAAUAUGCGUCAGUGUGAGCCAGAAUCUCUGUAAUUCACCAUGCGGAUGGAGCGUUAGGGAUUGCGGAGCGCCGUCAGCUGUUUUGCGUUUUUAGCAUCACCGAGGGGGGGCACGGAAGAUACCGGUUCAACGGCAUCGUUUCGACCGCUCAGGUGCACGGUACAGGAUGGAGUUCAAGCAGCUGGUGGAUACCGCGGAGAAAUGGUGCACGGGCAAUCCGUUCGAUCUCAUCUUUGCGGAGGAGGACGAUGAGAGACGUUUGGAUUUUUACGCCGAACCUGGGAUAUCAUUUUAUGUUCUUUGCCCAGACAAUAUGACGGGCGGGACCGACAAUUUUCAUGUGUGGAGUGAGAGUGAAGAUUGCCUGCCUUUCCUGCAGCUGGCCCAAGACUACAUCUCCUCCUGUGGAAAGAAAACUCUGCUGGAGGUCCUGGACAAGGUCUUCAGGUCCUUUAGGCCUCUCCUAGGUCUUCCAGACAUGGAUGAGGACACGUUUGAGCAGUAUCACGCAGACGUGGAGGACGAGUCCGAGACAGACCACCAGCAGAUGGGUGUUAGCCAACAGUGAUGGCUGACAAAGAGCCCCCUACCACCACCACCACCACUCCACCCUGCCCCCUGCCAAACACCCAGACAUACUCCGCUAAUUAACACACACACACACACACGUACGCACGCGCGCGCACACACACACACACACACACACACACACACAUAUAUACACACACACACACACACACACACACACACAUAUACACACACACUCACACACACACACACAAACACACACACACACACACACAUAUCUCUCUCGUUCGCUUUCAUUCUCAGACUGUCUGUCACCCCUCCACACCCCUGCCUCAUGCUUGUGCUCCCUCCCUCUCUUCACCACCAGGUUUUAUCCUCCACUACGGUACUUUCGGAUAUGCGCACACACAUAUACUGUAAGCUGAUGCUCUGACGAGACGUUUUGUGCUUAGCUCUUAUCUUGCACAAAUGCUCAGUUGAACUUAAGAUGUAUAUUUUUUGUCCACAUUUAAGUUCUGUGCUUGUCAGGUCAGAUGAUUGUCUUGAAAUCACGCACACACACACACACACACACACACACACAUACACACUCGUAUGUACACACACACACACACACACACACACACACACACACUCACAACAACCCCAAGCACAUAUAGCGGGCUGGGAACAGGUAUUCACAGAAACCUGUUGAAGUGUAUGAUCAUGCCCUUUAAAUAGUUAAGUCCUCUAAUUAGUUUAAUUCCCAUCCUUGCUCUCUCUUCAUUUUAAUUUGCACCAUGUAGAGUAUGUUAACACAGAGGGUAGUAUGUUGGUAGCAGUUUUACUUGGUUCAGCAAACCCUACUAACACUCACAACAAAAGACGGAAAUAUGAUUAACGGUUGCCUGCUUAGAGUACAGGGAACUCUUCUGCUAUUGUUUGUGGUUGUCAAGGCUCAGUGGCCUAAACACUGAUUUAGGCAGGAUAGUUCAUGCUGAAAAUACAAAGUGAUUAAGAAGUAGAGAGACUGUAUGUACAUUUUUCCUCUCUCUGUCCUCUGAGUAAUGAUGAAGUGAUUCCUUUAGAAAGUCACUGAAGACGCUUUUGAUUAUGUUGUGUUUGUGUUUUCGUAUGGGUGUGGGGAAAGGCUAUAUCAGUAGCACCUGAGAGACAGGCAUCGGUUUUUGAUCAAGUUUGAUCAAAGGCUUCACUGACUUUGACUGAUUGCAUCUGCGAGAUGUUAAGAAUAGUUCCUGUGUAGUGUGCACCACUAUGCUAUUCCUGCUUGAUCACUGAAGACACGCCCAACUGGUUUAUUGGGCUCUUCUGAUGAUGUUUGCUGCAUUGACAGUACUGGUGGUGAGGAAGGCACCAAAGCAAGCAGAUAUGUCCUUGUCGCAUCACGAUUCAAGGGCAAUGUCAAAACACAUCCACUUGAGACAAGGUGUGUGGAUUCACAGCCAUCCAAAAGAUGUGCCGAAUUAAAAAAAAUAUAUAAAAUGGGAACAUUCCGUGAAAGUAUAUAGCUAUGGCCUCACACAUACACGCACUGUCGUUAUAACACUUUGGUACACUGCAAGAACAAGCUAUAAGGCAGCACAACGCAACCAUCACUAGAGAGACAUGAUCAUACACCAACACAAACCAAUGGCAUCCUGCAAGGAUCACCGCAGGCUGCAGCUGGCGAUGUGGGUCUGGAUGCCGAUGACUUUAAAUCGGCCUGUUGAUUUUAGCUGCUGGUGCUCUCCUGACACUGACUGCGUUUAGGUGCACUUCAGUAUUCAGUUAGCAUCAGGUUUUUUUUUGAGUGUCCUGUGCGCAUGUAAACAUCAGGCCCGUAUCCUGGUUUUGAGAAAUCCGGUUAUGCUUGCCGGAGUACUCUGAAAGAAACUGGGAUACUGUUCCAUUUAUACACCUUAUCCCAGCGGCUGGCUACAUACAUAGAACUCUAUUGUUGGUAAAUGUCAUACUAGUAUUUAUCAUGUAGGCGAGGCUAUACAGGGAUAUUAAUAACCAGGUGUCUAUGUGUCUAUGUAAACAUCAUAUUCUAAAUAUGAUCAAAACCAGGAUAAGCCUCAUAACUGGCAUACCUAAGUCCAUGUAAGCGCAGUCACUGACACAGCCCGCCAUCUUUCUCUGUUUCAUCCAUAUGCACUGUCUUCCUGUCCAUGCUCAGCCUAACAGCGCAAGAGAGGCCCACUGCGUGUACGUCUGUGGUAACACAAGUUGAAGCUGCUGUUUUUCCUGUAUUUAUUAUUAUUAUUAUUAUUAUUAUUAUUAUUAUUAUUAUUAUUAAUUAAUAAUAUUGUUAUUAUAUAUUAUGGGUCGAAUGUCUUUUUUAACAUUUGGUUUGUUUGUUUCUUAUACAUUGUUGAGUCUGUGCACUGUGAUGCUUUCGCGGUAGUUUUUUGACCCAUGGCCUUUGAGAACAUGCCUAAAAAAUCCACAAAUGGUUUGUUUAAACGUUUCAGGUAACUUGUGCUUCUGGACAUGAAUGUUAGGUUGUUUUCUCCAACCCUUGUUUAGUUGGUUACCCGAGUUUUCUCCCCCAAGACUCUGUGAUUUAUGUUGUCCAGUUUAUGUGAAAGUCUUGAAUAUAAACUAUUUGGAGGCAAUAAUCUGGCUGUCUCUCUUAUUUG